GUUAUAAAGCAUUAGAAGUAGUUGAAAGACGAGCUGCUGCGUAUCUACAUGUUACAAACAUCAAGAAGUGGGAUGUGUGUGCUGGAAAUGCUAUAGUUAAUGCUGCUAAAGGCAAAAUGACUACAUUGAAGGGUGAUGAACUAGAUUAUUCCAAUGACAAAGAUGUUGUUAAUAGAGAUGGACUUCUUGCAACAAGAGACAAGCAUGAGUGGUUUCUUGGUAGACUUACAACAGUGAUGUCCAAGGCUUGACUUUGUCAUUCCUUUAAGAUUUGAAAGAAAGGAAGAUUAGCAUCUAGAACAAUGUUCUGAUGACAAUGUACCAUUUACCAUAAGUACUAGUGCUAUGAAGAUUUUUUGUCUUAUUUUGAGAUAAAAGAGAUCUGUGAAAUAUGUAAAUGUUUAUGUAAAGAUCAGGAUUUUGUGUUUUAUCAGUGAUAGAGCUCCUAAUGUUUUGUAGCAGAGGUGAUGGACUACAUUGGGCUGUUGUUGGCCAAUGUAGUGUUUUAUAUGUGGGAGUGAGUUUUUGGAUGUCUUUUUGUGCAAUUCUUAUUUGUUUGUCAUGUAACAUGUUCUUGUAGCACACUAAUUCUGUCUGUUGCAGCAAUAUUUUCAUAAAUGCCUUCAUGUUUGUAUGUAAGAUAGCUGAAUGAAUGUAUGAGAAUGAAUUAUUUAAAUAUUUAGUGUAUACUUAAAAAUCAAAGUCAAAUGGUGUAUUCCUUUUGAAAGGUAAUAUACCAGAAUAAAAGUCAUGGUGACUUAAUGAAAUAUGAUACCUGAUACUUUCUAAUUAGCAUAUUGACGUUUUUCCAAACUUUCUGUGAAUGCCUAUUAUUAGAAUUACAACAGUGAUUAAAGUUUAUUAUCUUCCCUAUGGUUCAUUAUCUCCUUUUCAUCUUCAUGAGACCCAGAGUAUGUUUUGUAUGAAUUGCUUUUGCUUGUUAAAAAUAACAAGGGCAUAGGUUGACAAAUGGUUUUGGGAAAGUUGGGAUAGUUAGGUGUGGUGAAUGUUUGCACUUACAACAUGCAUGGUUACUUGACAAUAGUCAUUGUAUUUUGGGCAGCACUUUGUGAUUGUUUGCUUGUUAGAUCUUUCAGUUAUUUAUUAAAUUUAUUUGAUAAUUGUUGAAGAAUUUGCGAGAGUUGAAAAGAGAGUAAAACUUAGACAAAUAUGUAGAUUUUCUAUUUUUUGUUUUACUUCUAUUACAAUAUUGUGUAUUCUAUUUUGAAACAAUGUGAAAGUUCAUUUGUUUGUAGGAAAUAAUUUCAUUAUUGUAUGUAAUAUUUUCUUUUGAAGGACCAGAAGAUUAAAUUCUUGCACGUUGAAUUUCAAAAAAGCAUUAAUUUAUGUCAAUAUUAAUUUAUCAUGUGUAUUAUUUGAAAGUAGUCUAUUACAUUUUCACGUGCCUUAUAAUUUAAAAGUUUUUAUUCAAAAAAAUUGCCACAAUAUUUGAUGCUGUUCCACUGUAACUUUUCUUCCUUGUGGAGUUACUUGGCAAUUUCAAAAGUGUUUCACAGUAAAUUCAAUUGAUGUGUUUAUAUACUGAUUUCAAUAUUAAUUUCUUUUUUACAUAGAACUAAACAUUACUUGAUAUUGGUGUCAAAGAAAAUAAACAUUGUUUUAAAUUUCAUGUAAUAAAAGAUUACAAAAUAUUGAAAACAAUAAAUUACAAUAUUAUAAAAUAAAUUCAGAAUGCUAUGGAACUUUAUUUCAGACUUCUGAUUUAUUGUGAAGAGCACUUUAAUUAAUAUCAGGAGUGUGCAGCAGCUAAAAUGCUGCUGCCAUGCGAGAGUAGAAAUUGGAGUCCUGCAGCAGUUUGUUUUCACUUAUGUGGAAUCUAGACCCCUAUAUUCCAAGGCAAUAGGCUUCCAAGCCAUUGUAUAGGCAUAUAGGUAUCAGUUGAUAAAAACUUAUAGAAAUGACUGAAAGGACACAAAAUACACUUAAUUCAAACAGUAAUACAUUUAUAGGCAUAGGGUGUAAUAUAUUUGUUGUAAUGUUGGAACAUUUCAAACAGCAUUCUUUCUAUACAAAAAACACACAAAUAAUUUUUUCCACAUGUGCUCCCACACUCCCACAUACAUUUUGUCAAUGUAUUUCUUUAGAAAACUGCGAAGACAUGGGCAAGACAAAUUUUAAAACUUUUUUGUGUAACAUUUUAAAGAAAGGUCUUAAAAAGGGUAUUUUUCUGAAUUUUCAGUAUUCAACAAAUGGGUUAGUUUGAGUGAAGAUUGAUGUUAUGAAAUUCUGGAACAAUAGAAUUACAACAUACACUCUGAACAUGCAUAUUUAUGAAAAUAUAAUGAAAUACUUCAGAUCACCAAGAUCAUUAAUAUAAGCAUUGAUUUUUGUAAUUGUAAAUGGUUUUCAAUUUAGUUGUAUGUGGCAUGCUUUUUUUGUGUAUAUUUUAUUUGAAGGAGUUAAUUUUGGGUUUUAAAAUUAAAAGAAAUUUUAAUUUAGUUUUUCUGUCUGCUGGACUUACUGUUGUACUUUCUAUUUAAUUUAUUACUUAAUAGUGGGGGAUUUUAAUUUUAGAAGAUUGUAUUAUUUUGGUGAUGAAAAUUAUGGUUUUAUUGGUCAUGUAGUUAAAUUAAUAGUUAUGUCUACGAUUGGUCGGUCAUUAAUAUCUUUAAUUAAAUUUAUAUCUUAAAAUUAUUUCUCUUAUUUUAUAAAGACUUAUACUUGACUUGUUUGAGUAUUUGGUAGUUGAAAAGUAUUUAAAUUUUCUGUAUUAAUAACACAGAAUGGAAGAUGUGUGAACUUGUGAAAUUGAUUAUGGCUAAAGAGAAGAAUUUGGAGAUCAAGGAUUAUUUAUGUUUUUAAGAAAUGCAAAAUCAAUUAUUCAAAAUUAUAAUUUCAAAAAUGUAUCAGU